AUGCCGUCUCCUGCGGCGGCCGACAAUGGCCAACAUGGCCCGCCCAUCCCGACCUAUGACGAAGCCGUCUCUGCCCACGGCAACGGCGGCAUCCUUCCUUCGCCUUCCAACUUCGAUCCACUGUCCCCCAUGGGCGAGGCCUUUUACGCCCCCGAAAGCGAGAGCCGCUCUCUCCUGAGACGAUCCCACCAGCGCAACGGCUCCACUGCCACCAACGGCAGCAGCCGUCGACGACCACGAAACGGACAUACCAGUAGUGGUGGCUACCGGCCACCCACCGUCGAGACUGACGACGAAAACAGCACGUGGAGCUCGAGCGACGAGGACCAUGGCGGCGGCGACGACAGCGACGAUGCCGACGAUGUCGACGCCGAGGCCGCGCACGUCCGCCGCGAGAUACUGGAGCUCGACAUGGACGACCCGCUGGCCGCCAAUGGCAGUGGGAGCGGCAGCAGCCGACGGCGCGGCGGGUUCUCGCUAUCGCUACCCAAAUGGGCGUGGAAGUGGCGCCUGUCGAUGCCGAGAAUACGAAUACAGCUGCCCAACGGGCCGUCCGAUGUGGACGAGAACAGCCGAGGCGGCGUCGGCGGUGUCGGUGGUUUUGCCAGCCGGUUCGGACGGCUGGCAGGCUUUACGCGGCUCAGCGGGACCGACGCCAACGAGGAAACGGCCGGUGGUCAGGCGGGCGAAGCUGGCGGUGGCGGUGGUACUGGUGCAGGACGCACCAGAAGCUGGCAUGGCUGGCGCCGCCCAGAGUGGAUGCAGAAGAUCAACGUCGCCGUAGCCAUUGUGGUCUUUGCGCGCCUGCUGGCCGUGUUCCUCAUCCUGGGCUUCGUCUACCUCCUCUUUAUGAGCGACCUCUUCACCUCCAUCUCCCGCCGCCUCGGCAGCCAGGUCUUUGACCCUGAAAGCAUACGCAUGCACAUCCAAAUGACCGUCAACCCGGGCAACAUGCGCGACAUGGCCAAGCAUUUCACGAGCUACGCCCACAUGGCCGGCACCGAGGGCGACUUUGCUCUCGCCAUUGACGUCAAAAACUUGUUCCAAAAACACGGGCUCGAAGACGUCACCGUCGACGAGUACUACGUCUACCUCAACUACCCGCGCAAAGAUGGCCGUGCCGUCGAGCUACUGGACGGAAAGGGCAAGGCCACCUGGUCGGCCAAGCUCGAGGAGGAAGAGGUUGGUAGCGAAACGGCAGGCCACCAAACAUAUGUGUUCCAUGGCCUGUCCAAGGCGGGCGACGUGCGCGGACCCCUCGUCUACGCCAACUACGGUUCGCGAGACGACUUCCAAAAGCUCAAGGACAUGGGCAUCAACACCAAGGGCGCCAUUGCGCUCGUGCGCUACUACGGCACGCAGAGCGACCGCGCCCUCAAGGUCAAGGCCGCCGAACUUGCCGGGUUUGCGGGCUGCCUAAUCUACAGCGAUCCAGCCGACGACGGCUUCAAGCACGGCGAUGUUGCGCCCAAGGGCCGCUAUAUGCCCGCGGACGGCGUGCAGCGCGGGUCCGUCUCACUCAUGAGCUACGUCAUUGGCGACGUCCUGACGCCCGGCUGGGAGAGCAAGAAGGGCCUGCCGCGCAUGUCCCCGGACAAGUCGCCAGGCCUUGUUAAGAUCCCGAGUCUGCCGCUUGCCUGGCGCGACGCGCAGGUUCUGUUGCAGCAUCUCAAGGGCCGCGGCCAGCGCGUGCCCUCCAAAGACUGGGAGGGCGGCGUGCCCGACAUCGACGAGUGGUGGACGGGCAACGGCGGCGGCGACAGCCCGGACAAUGGCGGCAUGGCCUCGCCCGUGGUACGCCUCAAGAACGAGCAGGACGAGGAGACCGAGCAGCCCAUCUGGAACGUCUACGGCCGUAUCCUCGGCAUCGAGCAGAGCGCCAAGAAGAUUAUCAUUGGCAACCACCGCGACUCCUGGACGUUUGGCGCCACCGACCCGCACUCGGGCACCGCCGUCAUGCUCGAGCUGGUACGCAUCUUUGGCGAUCUGCUGGAGCGCGGCUGGCGGCCCCUGCGCACCAUCGAGUUCAUGUCCUGGGACGCCGAGGAGUACAACCUGAUCGGCUCCACCGAAUACGUCGAGCGCAAUCUGGACCUGCUGCGCCGCGACGGUCUGGCCUACAUCAAUUUGGACACGGCCGUCACGGGCGGCGAAUUCCACGCCGCCGGCUCGCCCGUCUUCUCCAAACUGCUCAGCCAAAUCAUGAAGCGCGUCAGCGACCCGCACGUCAACGCCACGCUGCAUGAUCUCUGGGACCAGAACGGCAGCAGCCUCGAAGUCCUGGGCGCCGGCUCCGACUACGUCGCCUUCCAAGACCUGGCUGGCAUGUCCUCCCUCGACCUGCACUUUGACGGCCCCGGCUACCCGGCCCACAGCAGCUACGACAAUUUCGCCUGGAUGGACCACGUCGGCGACCCGGGCUUUGUCUACCACGGCCUCCUUGCCCAGCUGGCCGGUCUCAUGCUCAUUGAGCUGUGCGACCGCCCCAUUAUGCCGUUUGACAUGGUCACCUACGGCAGCGCCCUAGAACGGUGGGUCAAGGAGCUCGUCACGUGGCUCGAUUCGGAGGUCAGCAAGGCCAACAAGGCCGCCGGCGCCGACAAGUCGAAGCAGGCCAAAAUCAGCACAGAGCCGCUGCAGUUUGCCGCGCAGGUGGUCGUCAACGCCAUGCGCGACUUUGAGCGCUGGGAUCUCAAGUGGGAGAGCAAUGUGCUUGCCGCCGGUGGCUGGGAGGCACCCGGGCUAGGCCAGCAGCGCGCCGAGUACGUCAGCCGCAUGGCGCGCUUUGAAACCGAUCUCCUCGACCUCGAAAACGGCGGUGGUAUUCCGAACCGCACACAGUUCAAGCAUGUCGUGUUUGGCCCACGCCUAUGGUCCAGCUACGACGGCGACCUCUUCCCGGCCGUGCGCGAUCUCGUCGAGGCCGGCGAGUGGGACCAGGCCAACAAGACAAUUGCCAAGAUCGCACAAAUCUUCCAGACGGCCGCGGCGCACCUGAUUGAGUAA